AUGAUGGACUACACCAAGUACAUGAACGCCGUGGCCAAGAACCGUCAACCAAUGCUCAUCGCUGAAUUCUUUAAGCUACAGCAGAAGGCAGAGGAGGACGUGGUGUUCCUGGCAACGGGGUCGCCCAGCCCUGACACCUUUCCUAUCCUGAGCGGUUCACUACAGAUGAAGGACGGACGCUCCAUUGCCCUCACCCCUGAGAAGAUGGCCUGCUGUCUCCAGUACGGCCCUACACCAGGGUACCCUCCUCUGUUGCAACAACUGGCAGACCUCACACAGAGACACCACUCACCCCCUCGAUGGCAUGACACCGACCUGUUAGUGACGAGCGGCAGCCAGAGUGGAUUACUGAUGACCAUGGAGAUGAUGAUUACCGCAGGAGACUACGUGCUUGUGGAAGAACCUUGUUAUACCGGCGCUCUCUCUAUUUUAAACCCUUUCUGUCCGCGGUACCUGGCGGUGCAGUGUGACCAGGCUGGGCCACUGCCGGAGUCCCUGAGGGCAGCCCUGAAACCCUGGGCACCUGAUAACCAACACAACCGCUGCCCUGAUCCGCCCCCGAAGUUCCUCUACACAGUCCCGACAGGAUCUAACCCGACAGGGACAGUGACUACGGCUAAGAGACGUCGGGAGAUCUACAACAUUGCCCGAGAGUACGACAUUCUUAUCCUCGAGGACGACCCUUACUACUUCCUUCAGUACGACCACCAAGAGGUAUGUAUGUUAGGCUAG